GUCACCGUUUUUCCAUGCCUUAGCAGCUCCCAGCAUCUGCGGUUGAAUAAACGCAGAAAAGGGUACCACUGUUUUUCUAAAGAGAGAAAUGCAACCGUAUCACUGAAAGCCCGGAACACACGUAACUGCUUUUCGUUCUACCCUCGUCUUCCUUAGAUUCACCUUAUAUAGAUUAAUAUUAGAUUUGCUUCGCAUUCACGCACACACAAAUCGGCAAGCACUGUUGCUGUCCGUACUGCAACUUGUUGAGAACAACAUUUUUCAGUAGUUUUCCCUUUCCUACACUGAAAGAGCCUUUCCACGAUGUCUGUACCAAUCGCGGGGCGUCGAAAGGGACAAGCAACCACACCCACUACCACCACCACCACCAUCACCACAAACACCCCAGUCCACGGCGUUCCGUCAUGGCUGGACGACACGCCGUCGGUCGCCGCCCCAUCAUCUGCCUCACCCUCUGCGUUUCCUCAACCAUCCACCGUUCUCCCUUCUUCCUCUGACACGACGUCCGCUGGUUUUCUCUCCCCCAGCGCGUUCAGCGCCACCUCAGCGUUCCCGGCGUUUGAAGGCACGAAUGUGAGCGUGCCAGCGUUUCUGCGCCAUGAGGAGACGCAGCGGCACACAGCACCGCCGGCGUCGCCAGCGUCCCAGCUGCCCACGGAUGUCGAACGUUCACGCCGGCUCGCCCUGAGCGAAGAGCUCGACUCCGUCACACAGCAGCUGAUCGACGUCACGGGGCGCGUGGAGGUGCUGCAGGGAGACGGUCACCCGGCCGCGGCGGAGGUGAGGGAGUUAGAUGCCACGUUGGGGUCAUUGAGAGAGAAGGAGGCGGAGGCAACGCGGCGAAAAGCAGAGCGUGACGCGCAGGUGCAGCUGGACGCACGUGAAGGGGCGCCAUCUGCGGAAACCCACGUCGAUCUCAACGCCGCGACGUCGGCAUACCGUGCGGAGUGCACGCAGCGCCAUGGACAAGCCUUGGACGCGGUCACGUCUGAGUUACAGGCGCAGCACAGCAAGAACGUCGCCUUACAGAAAGAGUGCGAAGAUGCGAUGUCCAACACGCCCGAGUCGCGCUGCCAGGCAGCCGCCUUCCAGGCGCUUCAGCGUCGACUCCAGGACGGUGUGCGCCACUUAAAACAGCACUUUUCGCAGCAGUGCAAUAGUGCCGUUGCCCUCAGCGCACGUACCUUUUUGGCCUCGGCCCGGCAACAGCGAAGCGAGCUGUUUGCCAACGACGCCGCCCGCCGUGCGGCGAAGUUGCAGAGCUAUCGAGCACAGCGCGACACGUCUGCGAGGGAGUUCAACGCUGAGUGCCACAGCAUUUUUCAAGGGCGUGCGGAUUCUCUCUUUGGCGCGUUGAAAACCUCGCUGGAGAAGCGCCACCGAAGACUGGCGGACGAGCGAAAUCAGCGUCUUGGUGCGUUCCACGCUCAGCUGCAUGCCACGACAGAGCGCGGGCGCGUUGCACUGGAACAGCAGCUGCGGGCUCUCACAGAGCGGGAAGUAGCCAUCACAGCUGCGCAACGUGAUAGCGCGAAUUCGGAACUUUUGUUACGGCGAGACGAGCUGGCGCGGCAGCGCCGUGCUUUCCAAUCCCGUGCGGCGUCGGAGUAUCAGUCCCUCCGUGAGACGCACGGAGACGGCGCAGGACGGCGAGGAUGCCCUGUGACAGCCGCUUCUGCAACGAAGAGUUGCACGACGUCUUUCGAAUCACUGCGCAGAGAGACGGAGGAGAUGCGUGCGAAACUGACCCAAAUGGCGCUUACACUCCGCACCAAACAACAAGGCCUCCCAUCUCGAUAUUCACCCAAGCAGAGUCCGCUCCCAGGCAAAGCUCAACUGUCGUUUGAAACCACCGAGUCGCAGUGGCGUGACUUCGUCCUGUCUGUGCAGCAGCACCGCGAGCUUCUCCGCACGACAAUCGAAGAACUGAAGACGUCAACGCGUUCGUGGUCAGACGGGAUGGAGCGGGGGCGUCGUCAGCUGACAGCGCAGCGCGAAGAGGUGCGCAUCGUGCGGCGUGCUUGGGAGGGUAAAAUACGCAGUCAGCUCUCCAGUUGCUUAACGGUGCAGAACACGGACGUGCCCCCUCUUGCGUCCCUCACCACGUCCACCUUAGAGAGUCUCAGCCGCCGCGUGGAGGACCUCAGGCAGAAACAAGGCGCGCUGCGGUCUACUCGUAGUGCCUUUGCGGGGCAGAUGGCUGCGUCGGUGCGGUCCUUGCGUGCGUAUCGCACCGACACAGAGCGUCUUUUGGGGGACGUUUUUUCGAACUUUGAAGUGCUGCGUGAGAGAAGUGUGCAGGCGGAACUGGACGAGCUGUCGUUGCGCUCCAUGCAGGCACAACUGGAGGCGUUGUACCACCACGUUUCACAGGAGGCGCAUCGCCUCGCUGCGCAGAAGCGAAGCCUCGACGCUGUCGUGAAGGACAUGCGCGCUGGGCACCCGGUGGCGCUGCCCUCGAUCAUCACCCUCGCGGACAAUUUCUCGCAAGAUCAGUCCACGCAGAUCUUCACCGGCCGUACGUCACCGCUGUUUGACAUCACCAACGCGUCUCACCACCGCCUGAAUUGCCAUCCGCCGCAAGCUCACGCAAACAUUACGGAGAUGACAGAGGCGAGUGCUGCCACCCGCAAAGAAGCCGUGACGAAGCGCCACACGCACUCGUCUUCGGCCACCACACCGUCGCUGAUAGCUCUUCGUCAUGGCGGUGGCGAGAGGAGAAGCCCCACCACCAUGCCCUUCAGCAACGACAGCGAAACGCGGCCUCCUGGUGCGAGUGGCGUUGCAGCACCCACGACGGUGUCCGCCAGCUCUGGCGCCGACGUGCUCGUCAGCGAAUCUCCCUCGCCCAUCAUACCGUCGUUGGGAGGACUUAGUGGAUGGAUGCAACAGCAGCAGCAGCAGCAGAUAGGCGGCGGCUGUGCAGGUGGUGCAUGCAUCUCCGUCUCUCCGAAGACGGAGGACGUGCCAAACAAAGCUGAGGGAGAGGUGUUUUUGCGUUCCGUGGACAGCGACGCAAACUCCACCAUGGAUCUUGAGCCGAUAGAGAAUGUCGAGGGUGAUGAUGAGAGCGCCAUCGCACCUUUGCGUCCUUACUCUUCACAUUGA